CAAUGGAGACUUGGAAGAUGUUUUUGGCCACCAUCUUUCUUGCAGCUAGUUUUGACUUCAUCAGAGCACAGAGGAUUGUCUGCAGGAAGGCCUCUGUGGGAGAUGUGGUAUUUCUGGUGGACGCCAGCAACAACCCCCAAUAUGCCCGCAGUGUGCGGAACUUCUUGAACAUCCUGGUUAACAGCUUUAAUGUCAGCAGAGAGACCAUCCGGGUGGGUCUGGCCCAGUACAGCGAUGCACCCCACUCAGAGUUCCUGCUUUCCACCUACCACCGCAAAGUCGAUGUGUUGAGACACAUUCAGAGGCUUCAAUUUAAGUCUGGGGGAAACAAGUUGGGCCUGGCUUUGCAGUUCAUUCUGGAUCACCACUUCCAGGAGGGAGCCGGGAGCCGCGCAAGCCAAGGGGUACCCCAGGUCGCCGUGGUCGUCAGCAGUGGCCAGGCUGAGGACCAUAUUCGUGAACCUGCUGAGGCAUUUAAGAAGGCAGGCAUCCUACUUUAUGCAGUUGGCAUUGGAAAUGCAGCUCGGGCAGAGCUCAGGGAGAUUGCAAGUAGUCCCAAGGAGAAGUUUAUCUCCUUUGUUCCCAGAGUCUCUGGCCUGGUCAGUCUUGCCCAGAAGCUGCAGCCUGAGCUGUGUGAUACUUUGGCAAAGGCAGCUCAACCUGUUGACCCUGUAUCUCCAGCUUGCAGAGAAGUAGCCCUAGCAGACAUUGUGUUCCUAGUGGACAGCUCUACUAGCAUUGGACCCCAGAAUUUCCAGAAAGUCAAGAACUUCCUUUACUCCAUUGUCUUGGGGCUUGACAUCAGCAGUGACCGGGUCCAGGUGGCACUCGCCCAAUAUAAUGACAAUAUCUACCCAGCCUUUCAGCUGAACCAGUACCCUCUGAAGAGCGUGGUCCUGGAACAUAUCCAGAAUCUUCCUUACCGCACAGGAGGCACAAACACAGGGAGUGCCUUGGAAUUUAUCCGGACCAACUGCUUGACUGAGUCGGGUGGCAGCCGGGCCAAGGACAGGGUUCCUCAGAUAGUUAUCCUGGUGACAGAUGGGGAGUCAAAUGAUGAGGUUCAGGAUGCAGCUGACCAGUUGAAAGAAGAUGGAGUUAUUGUAUAUGUGGUAGGAGUCAAUGUUCAGGAUGUCCAGGAAUUACAAAAAAUAGCCAGUGAGCCAUAUGAGAAGUUUCUCUUCAAUACGGAAAACUUCAACAUCCUGCAGGAAUUCUCAGGAAGCCUUCUUCAGACUCUGUGCUCAGCAGUGGAGGGUAAGAUAAAAGAAUACACUAAGGCCUAUGCAGAUGUGGUCUUUCUUGUGGACACCUCCCAGGAAACAUCAAGGGCCAGUUUCCAGUGGAUGCGGAAUUUCAUCGCCAGAACGGUUAGCAUGCUGGAGGUUGGCAGGGACAAGUACCAGAUUGGACUGGCUCAGUAUGGUGACCAAGGUCACACUGAGUUUUUGUUCAAUACCUACAAGACCCAGAAUGAGAUGAUGUCUCACAUCCGUGAGCGCUUUGUGCUCCGAGGUGGCUCCAGGAGGACGGGCAAAGCUCUGUGGUACCUUCAUCAGACCUUCCUCCAGGAGGCGGCAGGAAGUCGGAUUCUACAGGGCAUCCCUCAAUUCGCAGUGGUCAUUACCUCCGGCAAAUCUGAGGAUGAGGCCUGGGAUGCUGCGCAGACACUGAGGGAGAAGGGCGUGAAAGUCGUGUCUGUGGGUGUGCAGCAGGCUGACAGGGGAGAACUGGAGGGCAUAGGGUCCCCAGCGCUUGUAUAUGAUGUGCAGGGAGAAGAUGGAAUCAGACAGAUAUCACAGGAUGUGAGUAUGGUGAUCCAAGGGAGUGGAGAGCCAGAGUUCAGGACUCAGGCUACGGAGGAAGUCAUAGUAGCAUGUCCAACUGCUAUCCCAGCUGACUUAGUAUUCCUCAUCGAGGAAUUUAGCAGGGCUAGGCAAUCCAACUUUCAACAAGUUGUCAAUUUCCUAAAGACGACUGUCAACUCUCUAAGCAUUCGUCCUGAUGCCUUGAGAAUUGCCUUGGUUUUCUACAGCGAGGAACCACGACUUGAAUUUUCCAUGGAUACAUUUCAGAGUUCAGCCAAAAUCUUGGAGCAUUUGGACAAAUUAACUUACCAGGGAAGAAGAGGAAGGACAAAGACUGGUGCUGCUUUGGAUUUCCUGAGGAAUGAAGUUUUCAUUCAGGAGAAAGGUGGCCGAUCCCACCAAGGUGUGCGGCAGAUAGCUGUGGUCAUCACAGAAGGUUUCUCUCAGGACAAUGUGUCCAGACCCGCUUCUCACCUACGCAGGGCAGGGGUGACCAUCUACGCAGUUGGUACCCAGCAUGCCUCAGACAGCAAGGACCUGGAGAAGAUGGCCACAUAUCCUCCUUGGAAGCAUGCCAUCCCCCUUGAAUCUUUUUUGCAGCUCUUCGUUGUGGGAAGCAAGCUUAAGAACCAGCUCUGCCCUGAGAUUAUCCAUGGCUUUGACUAUACCCCACCUCAGACUCUCUUCUAACAGGUUGUUUCCUCUUCUCAUUGCCCAGGUUGUGUGAAUAUUGAGAAGGCAGAUAUUUACUUCCUUAUGGAUGGGUCUGGCAGCAUCGGCCCAGAGGAUUUUCUUGAAAUGAAGGUGUUCAUGAAUGAGGUGAUAAAGAUGUUUCAGAUCGGGCCUGACAGAGUGAGAUUUGGAGUCGUUCAGUACUCAGACAAAAUGAAAAGCAAAUUUAUCCUCAGCCAGUACACCAAUGUGGCAGAGCUGAAGGCAGCCAUUGAUGACAUCCAGCAGGGUGGAGGUGGUACUGCGACUGGGGAGGCCCUGAGUAACAUGACUCGGGUCUUUGCAGACACAGCCCGAAUCAAUGUGGCUCAAUAUCUUAUAGUCAUCACUGAUGGCAAAUCUUCAGACCCCGUGGCUGAGGCUGCAGAGAGAUUGAGGGUAGACGGAGUCGUCAUUUAUGCUAUUGGAGUAAGAGAUGCUGACGUUACUGAGCUUCAGGAAAUAGCAAAAGACAAGGUGUUUUUUGUGUAUGAAUUUGAUUCCUUGAAGGCCAUCCAACAAGAAGUGGUACAGGACAUCUGCUCCUCAGAGACCUGUAAGAAUAGAAAAGCUGACAUUAUCUUCCUGAUAGAUGGUUCAGAAUCUAUCUCCCCAAAAGACUUUGAAAAGAUGAAGGAAUUCAUGGAGAGGAUGGUGAACCAAUCCAAUAUCAGUGCUGAUGAAAUUCAGAUUGGCCUUUUGCAGUUCAGCUCAACCCCUCAGGAAGAAUUCAGGCUCAACCAAUAUUCCUCAAAGGUGGAUAUUCUCAGAGCCAUCUUGGCUGUCCAGCAAAUGAAUGAUGGUACCCGCACGGGGAAAGCCUUGAACUUCACUCUGCCUUUUUUUGACAGUUCAAGAGGAGGGAGACCCAAUAUUCUUCAAUAUUUGAUUGUGAUCACGGAUGGGGUCUCUCAGGAUAAUGUAGCCAUACCAGCCAAGGCUCUCAGGGACAGAAACAUAAUUAUUUUUGCCAUUGGGGUGGGAGAAGCCAAAAGUUCCCAGCUUUUCGAGAUUACGAAUGAUAGGGAUAACAUAUACUAUGAAGAGAAAUUUGAGUCCCUGCAGAACCUGGAGAAGAAAAUUCUUUAUAAAGUCUGCAAUCCACAAGGAUGCAGCAUGGAUUUGUCUGUAGGAAUUGAUAUUUCAACUCCUGCAAAGCAAGUUCAGCAGAAACUUCAAGAGUUACUUCCAGAGUUGAUGCAGCGGCUGGCUUUGCUUUCUAACCUCAGCUGUGGUACUCCUGGUCAGAUCAACCCAAGGUUCCGCUACUUGCUUCCUGGCUCAAACGGUCAGCUUAUUUUUGACUCAGGCUUUGAGAAAUAUAGUGAUGAGACCAUCCAGAAGUUCUUGGCUCAUCAGGUUGAGAAGAACAGCCAUAUGGAUGUAGACUUUUUACAAUCCUUGGGAGAUAAUGCUAUCAACCUUUCUUCUGCUAAAGUAAAGGUCCUUUUAGUGUUUACAGAUGGACUGGACGAUGAUUUAGAGAGACUGAAGAUAGCUUCGGAGCUCCUCCGCAGCAGAGGAUUCUCUGGGCUCCUAAUCAUUGCCCUGGAAGGUGUGCAUAAAUUAGAAGAGCUUCAGGAGCUAGAAUUUGGCAGAGGAUUUUCAUAUACACAGCCUCUGAGUAUCACUCUACAAUCCCUCCCAAGUGUCUUACUGAAGCAACUUGACACAAUUGUGGAAAGAACCUGCUGCAAUAUGUAUGCCAAGUGUUUUGGAGAAGAUGGGUACAGAGGUGAUCAUGGGUUUCCUGGGAGGAGGGGAGAGAAGGGUUUUGCUGGGUUUCCUGGCCAUCCUGGUAAAGAAGGUGAAUAUGGAGAAAGAGGCCCCCCGGGUCUUCCUGGACCUCGAGGUGAGGAAGGAUGCAUGGGUGUGAGGGGACCUAAGGGAGCAAGAGGAUUUUCAGGUGAGAAGGGCGACGCUGGUGAGGAAGGUGUUGAUGGCUUGGAUGGAGAACAGGGUGAUCGUGGAGUCGCAGGAUCAUCUGGAGAAAAAGGAAAUAGGGGAAAUUGGGGCUUGACAGGACCACCAGGACAACCUGGAGAGCGUGGAGAGCCUGGGUUAAGAGGAGAUCCUGGGGAUCCUGGAACGGAUAGUCACAUUCAAGGACCUAAGGGGGAAAAAGGAAGGCGUGGGCAUCAGGGUCUGUCCAGUUUCAAUGGACCUCAGGGGAAAACUGGAAGUGUUGGUCCUCAGGGGUCACGAGGAAGACGAGGUCUGCCAGGGUUGAAGGGUGUGCGUGGAGAAUCUGGUGAACAGGGCUACCAAGGAGAGCUUGGAAAUCCAGGUUCACAGGGGCCAAGAGGAAGACAAGGACCACCAGGAACUUUUGGACAAAAAGGGUUACCCGGUGCCCAGGGGAAUCCUGGGCCUCCAGGGCCAAAUGGUUCCAAAGGAAAAGCUGGGCCAAGAGGAAUGAAGGGAGAGCUGGGUAAUGCAGGAGAGAAAGGCUCACGGGGUCAACAAGGACCAAGAGGGCAGCCUGGUCUUCUUGGUCCAGAUGGAUAUGGACGUCCAGGAAGAAAAGGAACAAAGGGUGAACCUGGAUUCCCUGGCUAUCCUGGUGAACAAGGAGAAGAUGGUGACCCUGGCCACCAAGGAGAGAAGGGAGCAAAGGGAAUAAGAGGGAAGAGGGGUAAUGCUGGCUUUCCUGGAUUUAUUGGAGCUCCAGGUGACCAAGGCCCACCAGGCAAAAUGGGCAUCAAGGGACCCAAAGGUUUGGUGAACAUGAUGCCUUGUGAAAUUGUUGAUCUCAUUCGAGAAAACUGUCCUUGCUCAACAGGUGUUCAUAAAUGCCCGGUGUUCCCGACUGAAGUGGCCUUUGCCUUGGACAUGUCAAAUGGUACCUCCCAGCUGGAUUUUGAGAGGAUGAGAGACAUUUUAUUAUCUUUGUUGAUGAAGCUGGAAAUAAGUGAGAGUCACUGCCCAACGGGUGCCCGAGUGGCCAUUGUUUCCUACAAUGUCAGAACAGAUUAUCUGGUUCGAUUCUCAGACUACAAGGGGAAGCCUGCCCUUCUGCAGGCUGUUAGGAAAAUCCCUCUGGUACAGUCAUCUGGCCACAGGAACCUUGGGGCUGCCAUGAGGUUUGUGGCAAGACAUGUAUUCAAACGUGUGCGCCCUGGCAUCCUGGUGAGGAAGGUGGCUGUGUUCUUCCAGGCGGGCAGGGCCUAUGACACAGUUGCUGUCAGCACAGCCAUGCUGGAGCUCAGUGCAGUGGACGUCACACCUGUGAUCAUCACCUUCACAGAGGAGCACAACCUUCCAGAUGCUCUACUGAUGGAUGGAGCCAGCAGAUUUCAUUUGUUUGUGUGGGAGACUGAGCACCAGCAGGAUGUGGAGCACAUGGCCCACUGUACUCUCUGCUAUGACAAGUGCCAGCCAGACCCAGAAUGUGGGCCAGGAGGGCCUGGGCCCCAGGCAGUGGACAUGGACUUGGUGUUCGUGGUGGACAGCUCCCAAGACGUGGAAAUUGACAUAUACCGUGGGGCUUUGCAUCUCGUGGACGCUGUGCUUGAAGAUCUGGAGGUGGCUGCUCAGCCGAGCAUGUCCCUUCAGGGGGCGCGUGUGGCUCUAGUGACACACACCACUCCAGGCUUCAGGCCUGGCAUGGGUCGAUCCCCUGUGCUUGAGGGCUUCAACCUGACCUCCUAUGGCCACCGGACACAGAUGCAGAGACAGGUCCGGGAGGCCGCGGGCCGCUUGCUGCAGGGACUCCCUGCCUUGGGCCACACUCUAGAAUGGACGCUGGAGAAAGUGCUCCUGGUGGCCCCACUGCCGCGGAGGGCGCGUGUCCUCUUCACCAUCGUGGCCAGCGAGACAAGCAGCUGGGACAGGGAGAAGCUAAGGACUUUGUCCCAAGAAGCCAAGUGCAUGGGCAUCACCCUGUUUGUGUUGGCCUUGGGCCCUGGUGUGGGGACUCAUGAGCUGGUGGAGCUGUCCCAUGUGGCCAGCGUCCCCUCUGAGCAGCACCUGCUGCGCUUGGAGGGAGUUUCAGAACCAGAGGUAGCCUACGCCAGGGGAUUCACAUGGGCCUUCCUGAACCUCCUAAAAAGUGGAACAAACCAGUAUCCACCCCCAGAGCUCACUGAAGAAUGCAGGGGCCCAAACCGUGGGGACACUCUGCUGUAAGCAGUCAGGCCUGUCAAGAGGUCCUUGUUCCAUGGAUCAGAUGGAAGUUGAGUGCCAGGAUUACAUCUGGAAAUGGUACUACAGUGAGAAGCAGGAGGCUUGCCAAUAGUUCUGGUAUGGCAGCUGCGGAAGCAAUGCCAGAUGGUUUGAAACCAAGGAAGAAUGUGAAGCUUGGUGUAUCUCCAGUUAGGCAGAGUCUUAUGGCUAUUGCUCCUCUACCCUUAUUGAGCCAGUGUCAUGACACUUUUAAGUGUCACAGACAUCACAUUUCUUGCUCCCUGAAUUUUUUUUUUUCUUGCCAGUGAGGUCCUGGGGCUAGAUGAUUUGUGACUUGAGAAGGGCUGAAUUCUAAGAGUUAAAAAGAAUAACCAAAUGAAAGAGAAACUUGAACUUAACCUCUAAAAUUAUUUUGAAGUUUGGGGAGCUACGUAGCAAAAUAGAUAUCAAUGGAAGUAGUGAGCAAAACCUAAUUCAGAAAGGAGUUGAAAAUUGCUUUGUCUUUUGACUACCAGAGAAUAGAGAAGUCAAAGAGGGGGAUGUCUAAUGUGAAGUUCAUCAUCACUACCUAAUAUAA